GCGCCUCCUCGCCAGGAGGCAGCCUGCGACGGGGCCGCUGCGCGUCUACGUGGGCCAGCCGACGUUCAAGCCCGCCAGCGGCUUCGACAAGCACGACAUCAUGGGUCCGCGGCCUGCGGAGGACGAGGCGGUGCCGGGCCUCAAGAUUUGGUUGGAGAAGAUGGGCCUCGAG